AUGGCUCUCUCCAGGCUCGGUUACGCGGACGAACGGGAUCUGAGGAGGAUGACGGUUGGGACGGAGACGUGGGCCAUGAAAAAAUUAAUCUCAGCCUUUAACUUGAAGGGAGCAUCGAUCGGAGCAUGUGGAGGAAACAACCAAGCCCCGAUCCUUCGGCGAGCAAAUUUCCACUCCCGCGUACUCGUAUCAGCAUUCAGCCAGCACCAGCAGAUCGAACGGGAGAACGGCCCUCUCCUGGGUCCACGCUGGGUCGCACGGUUCACAGGGUCGCAUAGGAUUUUUUCGCCAGUCACUUGCCACGUCGGUUUUUGUUCUUCCUGUCCGAGCUCGUGCCCUAGCCCCCGGCGAGAGGAAAGCGGCGGCGGCGGAGCUAUUCGUCGGGUUCGCAUCCGGAGCACGAUUUGAGAGAUGGAACCACCGGUAGAAGAAGAAGAAGUGAGGAUUGAACCCGGAGAAAAGAAAGAGAUUGUGGCAGUGAAGUUUCGUCCAUGUGAAGGUAGGCUAGAUGACGGCAGCAAGGUUAAGAUUGGACUGGAUGUGGUGAAGAAAUUGAAAGUCGGGGUAGGGGACAUCACAGUGCGGAAAUUCAUUGAGGAGUUGGGGAAGAAGGUGGCUUGGGGCAGAGGGAAAGAGGACGAACUGUGCUAUUAUGGGCCGAAGAAGAGAUAUGAGAGGAUCAUUACAACCUGUCAGCUGGUUAAAGCGAUUGAAGAUGGGCGGAGAGCAGAUGCCUCCAAGCCAGAGGCGGCCAUUUUUGUCGAGCUAAUUGAGGCCAGGGAGGACUCGGUUGUAGGAUUCGUAGCAUCAAAAGCUGCGGAGGCGAUAAACGAUGUAGCAUUUCGAACAAAGAGUGUUCCUGUAGUGAAUGUUGCUGAUUUUGGUCCGAAUCAUAUACCUCCUCCAGCAGAUUUGAAUGCCGCGGGCGAACGGGGUGAAGGAACAUUUGUUGAUUGGAGUAAAGUCGAUUUAGAAGAGCCAACAGAUUUUGAUGAUUUAGUUAUCGAGGAGGAUGAGAUGUUGGAGCUAUAUGGGAUUCCAGUUGAUAAGGAUGAACAAGGAAAGCCGAUGAAGAAGCCACCUACUGCCAUCCCUAUGCCUCCACCAACGACUGCUGAGAACGUUGAAUCUGAGAGGCUGGCCUCAGAGGCUGCGUUGUGCUUAUGACAAAGAGACUCCUGUCUUUGAUGUGGGCAGGAUGUUUCCUACUAUGAAGGAACUGAAGAUGUGUUUCAAGACAUACGCCGUGCAACAUGAGUUUCAGACUAGGACUGCGUGGACAUCCAAAGAGAGGUAUUGCGUCAGAUGCAAGGGGUUUGAUGGGAAUAUGCUGCCGUGCCCAUGGUAUAUGUCUUGUGGAAAGCUACCUGAUGGGCCUGAUGUUAGGGUCAAUCGAAUGACCCCUUUGGAGCGGCAUACUUGUAGGACACAAUCAAGGAGAGUCACAAGAAUGACUUCUCAAGCAUGGGUUGCAGAGAAGGCCAUGAAGAUUUUGAGUAAAGACCCUAGCACAACUGCUUAAGUACUGAAGAAUGAGUUGGAAAGGGAUUACAAAUGUACAAUGAGUUAUAGCACUGUCUGGAAGGGGAAGCAAAGAGCUAUGAAGUCAUUAUAUGGUGAUUUGGGUAAUACAUUUAGAAUGUUGUACAACUUCAGAGCUGAGAUGUUAAAACGGUCACCUGGGAGUAUAGUAGAGAUCGACACCUUUGUAAAAGAUGACAAGGUCUACUUUUCUAGGUUCUUUAUGGCUAUGGAGGCUUGUGUAGAUGGUUUUAAAGCAGGAUGCCGUCCAUACCUCAGCAUAGACGCCACUGCACUGAAUGGAAAAUGGAAUGGGCAGUUGGCGGCAGCAAUAGCUCUAGAUGGAAACAAUUGGAUGUUUCCUGUGGCUGUCGGGUUGUUUCAGUCAGAGACAGAGGCUCACUGGACUUGGUUCAUGAAUCAAUUGCAUAGGGCCAUAGGACCAAUGCAACCCUUGGCAAUAUGCACAUAUGCUUCUAAAGGCCUGAUAAAUGCAGUGAAAAAUGUAUUUAUUCAUGCAGAGAAGAGAGAGUGCUUCGGCCAUAUGUGGCUCAAUUUGAUCAAGAAAUUUCAAGGAGAGGUUUAUGGCAGGAUCUGGCCAGCAUCAAGAUCAUACAGCGAGAGCACUUUCAAAUAUCAUAUGGAGAAGGUUAUGCAGCAGAUGAAGAAUUUGGGGCUGAAUUUUCUGUUUACAUGAACACUUACCACUCGUUGUUGUGGUACAGAAGUGGAUUCAACACAGAUAUUAAGGUGGAUCAUAUCAACAAUCAUUUGGCAGGAAGUUUUAACAGUUGGAUUAGAGAGAUCAAAGAUCUGCCUAUUCAUGAGCUAAUGGACAGUCUAAGGAUCAUGAUAGUGAGUCUUUUUAAUAAGAGAAGGACUCUUUCUAAUAUGUUGUAUGGUGACAAGCUUUCAUCAAUUGUCCAACAGCAGGUAUGCAGGAGUAGAAAACUUGGGCACUUCCAUGUUGACAAUGCUUCAGUUUACAAUUCUGAAGUUCUGGACACUAGAAAUGGCAGGAGGCAUGUUGUGACUCUUGACCAGCAUGAGUGCACCUGUCUUGAAUGGCAAGCAACUGGAAAGCCCUGCCCACAUGCUAUUGUGGUUUUGGCAGGGAAAACUCACUUGAUGUUGGGGGAAUAUUUGCAUGAGUAUUACUCCGUUGAGAGAUUUAAGGCAGCUUAUGCUGGAGUUGUGCCUCCACUUACUAACCAAUCUCAAUGGCCUGAAGUGGAACUUGGAUAUGAGCUUUGUGCCCCUGGCAUCACUAGGAAAUCUGGUAGGCCUAAACAUAAGCGCUUCAAAAGUUUUUUAGAGCGAAGGGGAAAGAAAGGAACAAAAGGGCAAAUGAAAGGGGGCAAAGGAAAAGGAAAGGACGCAGAUUUGGAGGAUUUGGACCCUUUAGCGGUAACGAGAGGGAAAGGCAGUAAGAACAAACAGAGGUGCGCUAGAUGUCACCUAUUAGGACAUCGAGCAAAUUCUCAGCACUGCGUAUUCAGCCUGCCGAGGCUGCCAAGGGUGUGUGGAAAGAAGAAGAAAGAAGCAGAAGCAGCAAAAGAAGAAGUAGAAGCAAGAGAAGAGCCGGCUGAGGUGCAUGUUGUUGCAGAAGGCAGUUCUGAAGAGUGGACAGGGGGAGAGAGUUCUAGCAGGAUGAGGUGCAGGUGGCCAGUCCAUGUGUUGAAGAGUGGACUGAAGCUGAAAAUGGUAUUUUUGAUGCUGCUGUUGCUGAAGAAGUGGAAGAAGCUGGUGUUGAUGCCGCUGUUGCUGAAGAAGUGGAAGAAGCUGGUGUUGAUGCCGCGGUUGCUGAAGAAGUGGAAGAAGCUGGUGUUGAUGCCGCGGUUGUUAUCAAGUGGAAGAAGCUGGUGUUGAUGCCGCUGUUGCUGAAGAAGUGGAAGAAGCUGGUGUUGAUGCCGCUGUUGCUGAAGAAGUGGAAGAAGAAGCUGGUGUUGAUGCCGCUGUUGCUGAAGAAGUGGAAGAAGAAGCUGGUGUUGAUGCCGCUGUUGCUGAAGAAGUGCAAGAAGCUGGUGUUGAUGCCGCUGUUGCUGAAGAAGUGCAAGAAGCAGGUGUUGAUCCUGCUGUUGCUGAAGAAGUGCAAGAAGUACAUGAUAUCAUGAUGAGGAGGAAGAGGAAGGCGCCGCUGAAGAAGAAGAAGCAGCCGCUGCUGCCGAAGAGGAGAAAACUUUCUGCCAUUUUGUUUGGUUAAGAUGUGUUGUAAUUUCUGAAUUUGAACAUGUACUGAAGCAGAGCUGGCUGGCUGCUGCUCUGUGUUGGUAACAUGCAUAGUAGAUCACUUCUGCCUCUUACAAUCUAUCACUACCAAAUUAUUGGUUUUCUUCCCUGCAGUGACUGCAAGAGAGCUUUUAAAGAUGUUUGGGUGCUCUCAAAGACUUUACAAUGAAGUUUUUGAACCUGCUAUUCA